UCUCAUCUUUCUUUCUCCUUCAGAGCAUAACAAUGGCUUCCUUCUUCUCCAUGCCCACUACUGUGCCUCUCUCGCUGUCGCUCAUGCUCGCUUUUCUGCUUAUUCCGUCAUCUGAAGGCCGAGAUUACUUGGUCGGAGGCGCUGAGAAUGCUUGGACGCUGCCUCGUCCCUCUCCGGAUUACCUCAGUCACUGGGCCCAUAGGCGACACUUCAGAGUCGGCGAUGCUCUCUUAUGGAAAUACGAUCAUAAAACAGAGUCGGUGCUGGAAGUGAAAGAGGAAGAUUAUAAAAGCUGCAACGUAGCGAAUCCGAUAUCAAAAUACAAUGACGGAGAAACCAAGGUAGAGUUGAAACGCGGAGGUUCAUUCUACUUCAUUAGCGGGGCAGAUGGUCAUUGCCAGCAGGGCUUAAGGUUGGAUCUGGUGGUUCGCUCCGAUCAGCACGGGGGUCAUGGGUCGCCGUCGCCUUCUCCGUCUCCUGCAGCUGCACCUUCUCCAUCUCCGACACCGACACCUGCACCUGCACCGGCAAAGAAUGGCGCCGCCGCUUUAGGUAGUGCCGGAUUCCUUGGCCUUGUAAUGGGUAUGGGCGUUACAUUGGUUAUGAUGAUGAUCUGA